CGAAGAUUCCGCCGAGAAACCGCGGCGAUCCGCCUCCAACAACUAACUGCCCAUCCAUGGCUUUCAUUCACACAAGUGGCAUCACUUGGUUCUUUGUCGAUGCCACCGCGAUGGUCUUCCUCAUCCAUGUCCACUCCUCGCCCGUCGAAGAAUCGACAAGUGUUCCAUCUAUCCUUUGACGCAGAGAUUCCGCUUCUGGACGUCACAUGGAUGGACAACGCCGAAAGCAACAUGUGUGUGAUCUGCCAUGACAUGUUCCACUUUAUGAAGCGCAAACAUCACUGCCGCCUGUGCGGUCGUUUGGUUUGCAACGCAUGCUCCAAGGCCCGCGCAUCAGUCUACCUGUCCCGGCAGCUCGAACGCACCUGUCGCCUCUGCUGCUCGGUGCUCAACACGCUCGAGUCCCUUGGCGACAAGCGCGUCCAAAGCAACGUUCCCGCCGCCGCAGGGACAACGAAGCAUGCCGGUCUGACGGCAAUACCCGCCACGUCUCGCGAGCACGACUACGACCGCGUCAUGCGUGUGCGACGACAGCUCAAGGUGUACCAGCCCGCGUCGUCCCAGUACUACAUUGUGAGCGCCGAAUGGUUUCAAGCAUGGUUCGACUAUAGCAAGCGUCACGGGGCGCACCCGGGCCCGAUAUCCAACCACUCGCUGCUGUCGUUUUACCAAGGCAAGCUGCAUGCCGCGCAAGACAGGUCGUACCGCCUUGUGCACGAACUGAUUUGGUGCACUUUGCACGAACUGUACGGCGGGGGGCCCAUCAUCACGACCCAGGCGCAGUGUACGAUGGCGUGGACCAUUCAAAUGAGCGAAGGCGAGAUCGUCAAAACGCUCGUGCAUACCACGACCCAACGAAAGAAAACACCGACCAAGUCGUCGUCUAUUCAGUGCUGGUUUCAAAUGGAAUGCAAUCGACACAGCCUGAUGCGGCGAGCCAGUGCCGCACCAGGUGGACAUUAUGGUGACGACGAUGAAGACUUCAGCACGCAGUCCGCCGUCCAAGCUUUUGCUGCAGCCGCCAACCAAGCGCGACGAGACGCCGAAGGGAGGAUUAGCCACACGAAUUUGAGGCUGUCUAUGGCCCAGCGGCAGCGCUUGUCUGGUGUCCAUGCCACCAUGUAACAACAUCAACAUGAAUUCAUUGUUCAAA